CGUCGCUGGAAGCAUGGACCCCGAAGCAUUCCUGGACCUGGCCAACCAGGUGACCAAGCUGAAGAUGUUCCCGUACUUCGACAUCGCGCACAGCGUGCUCUGCGCGCUUCACGUGCGGGAAGACCUAGGAGCUGGUGCACAGCAGUUUUCCCGAAAGCAUCCACUAGCAUGUUGGCUCUCGACCAUGUUGGUUGUCUUCGCUGGUGGUAUGCUGGCAAAUGGUCUCUUGGGCGAACCUAUUCUGGCGCCCCUCAAAAACACUCAACAACUUACUGUCGCAACUGUUGUUUGGUAUUUAGUUUUUUACACACCAUUUGACAUUGGCUACAAAACAGCGAAAUUUCUACCCCUCAAACUUAUUUUUUCUGCCAUGAAGGAAAUUUACAGGUGUAAAAAAAUUCAUGAUGGAGUCACCCAUGCAGCAAAAUUGUACCCAAACGCCUACGUGAUAAUGAUUCUAAUAGGAACAUUGAAAGGCAAUGGUGCUGGUUUCACAAAAUUAAUUGAACGAUUGCUUCGAGGAGUUUGGACACCAACUGCAAUGGAGUUCAUGCAACCCAGUUUUCCAACAAAAUCUAGUCUUGUCGCUUCAAUCAUUUUUGUUCUGGACAAGAAAACCGACCUGAUAUCAGCUCCACAUGCUCUAGUGUAUUUUGGCAUUGUUAUUUUCUUCGUUUACUUCAAGCUCUCAUCAAUUCUCCUCGGAAUCCACGAUCCAUUCUUACCGUUCGAGAAUUUAUUCUGCGCCCUAUUCCUGGGAGGAAUCUGGGACUCCUUAAGUAAAAUUCUCUCCCGCGGAGGAUCGAAGGAGGGCGAGAAAGGUGAUGCCAAGAAAAAGGAUUAAUUGAAGGAUUAAUUAAUGGUGACUGCCCAUAAAAUUGAAAUCAUCUGUGAGCCAACGAGCACAAUUUUUGAGGAUACAGGGAUGAACGAAGCGAUUUUCGAUCGACCCAGUUUAAAGUUUAAAACUGUGAACUUGAGGAGAAAAACCAGUAUUAUUUUUAUUCUUAGGAGAUUCUGCAUUUUUAUGAAUUAAAAAUUCGUGAAAUAAUGCACUAUGUUUUUGGAAAUAAGCCCCUCUCCUGUAAAUUCAGUGAUGAGAGAACUCAAGGAUGAAACAUGAGGAAUGUUUCAUCGGACUCCCUCCAUUUGCCAUCUCCUUACAUAUAAAUGGAUGGUAAGGAAGCUCCAAGUUUCCUGAACUUUAUACCAAAUUUUUCUCUAUACGUUAAAAAAACCUAUCGCUUUAGUUACCUUUGACAUUUGAUGAAAGCGAAGUUGGUAUGUCAAUACCUAAUUCUGGUGAUUUCUUUCCUAAAUGAACUUUCAUUGUUAAAUAUGUUUGUUCAAAUUCUAUUUUAUUAAUUAUUUGCCUGCUGAUUAGUGGGUUCUCUCAUCAAUUUUUCGUCUCCAAACAUUUUACCAACGUGUUACUUUAGUUUUAUGACUUAACCUUUAAGUCAUAACCUUAGGCUACUUUUUUACUAAGUUCAUAAGCUAGUCAUUAAAUUUUUAAAGUUUAACUGUAAUCUUCCUUUUCUUUAAUAAUGGAAGAAAUUGGGGCAACUCUUUGUUAGAGAAGUUAAGGUCCCUAUUUAUCAUAUCUAAACAAAUGGCCCUCUCCCUUCUUACUAAUGCGGAGACUAGAAAGUCAGUUCAGAUACUUACAACAUUAGAAAUUCUAGUUUUCAAAAUUCUAAACGUAUGCGUGUACUAUUUUUCAUUUUUUAAUUUAUUUCAUAAUUUGUUUUCGAUUAGACAUUGGGGAAAUUCUGACUAAAAUUUCAUGGCAACAAUUUGAGAUGCAUUAGUCUUUUGGUAAUCUGCAGCUAAUAUGUGGGUGAUUACUGCAAGUUGUACUUGCCAAAAGUAAUUUGAACAAUUGAACUUGAUGUUUAUGAGAGACCUGUUGUGUGUUCAUGAUUGAGAUGCCUCUUUCAAUCUUGUAUAUUGUUGAUAUGAUUAAGAGCGGCUAUUACCACGAUUAAUAGCAUGGGAUGAGACCCAACGAUUUUUUUAGCUGUCAGGAUUAUCAAGUUAAUCAAUUUGAGAGUUCGUCAGAGGAGAAUCAAUUCUGUUUUCACGAAGCAUCUCAAAUUUUAACAUGCAACCUGAUUCUACAUUAAAAGUGUAAAAGAGCUAAUUUUUUAAAUCUAAGAUUAUAUGUAAGACCAACCUAGCUUUAACAGUUUCAGUGAUUCAAGUGAUGAAAAUCAUUGAUACGUCUCUGAGGUAUUGAGGUGACGCUUGCAUUUCAAGAGCAUGCAGGGAGAGAGUAUGUUGUGUGUAAAAAUCAGUGCAAAGAGUUUGCAGCGGUUAGAGUUGCCGUCUUAAAAACUUUUGACAAAGGGAGCACAUGCUGAUCAUGUAGAUUUACUUUUCUGUGAUAUAUGCACAAAGUUCUGCUUUUUCUGCAAUAGUUUAUGUUGACAGAGUUUUUCAGCCAUGAUGUUAAGUUGCAAGUCAAUCAGUACCUUUAACUUGCAAUUCAUCCCAGGAACUGCUUCUCUUGUUUGUAUUUUUUCUCCCUAAGAUCUCUCAUUUUUCUGUUAUGCACAAUUUCAAACGCAGAAUUAAUUUACGAAGUUACCGUUUUUCUGUUUCCCCGUUGUUAAACUCUCUACCUCUGGUUUUUUCUAAAUUGGCCUCCAGUCCUCCAUUCUCAUUCAGAUUUUUUUUCCCCCAAAUUACACUUUAAGCAAGAAAUGGACUUGUCAAAAAACUAAAAUUCCCUGAGAAUAACGUGAAUGUACCUGUUCACUAUUAAGGUUAUAAUCUCUAUCCCUCCUUGAAUGAGGAGGCUCCCUUCUCCAUUAUUGGUACUGCUUACAAUGUUGUUAAUUAACUGUAAAAGUGAUGCACCUAAGGGAAAAGGGACUUGAGGUGACUUGCCAAAUUUUUCAGAAAUUCGUUUUUUUCACGUUAAGUCCAUUUCUCCUUUGAUGCAUCACAAAAAUGCCUCAGACUUGGAAAAUUAGGAAUCUCAAGGUUUCAUCACAGGUUGUUUCCAAAGUUUCACUUUGGAACUAGAAGCAGGAUUUCUGUGGGUGCAAUCCUGAUUUCCCUGAUUUGAUGAAACUUCGGUUCGUUUCCGAUGAGUUCCUUGCUUUUAAACUCUGUGCUACAUAAAAUUCAGCUAUUCGUACGCUAUGAAGUAUGCAUGCCUUUAAGGAGCUAGAUAUUCAUUCAAAGAGAGAUCAAUUAUUUUUGCUCCAUCUGUCUGCUAAACAUUUUUAUAACUUUGAUGAGACAUGACCCUUAUCUGACCAGUGUUUAAACCAAAAAUAUUUGUAAGUUAUUUUCAUCCUGUUUUUGUACAAAUUGAAAUAAAAAAGCCUAAACCUUA